AUGUGGUGGGGGCGGCGCGCGUUGCUCCAGCCCCAGGUGCAGGCGCGGCUUCCCCUUUUACUGGGCGUGGUAGGUGUGUUUCUCUUUCUUGGACUGAUCACAGCGGUGACGGACCGCCCCUAUGCAUCCAAUGCUGAACUGGGGUUGCACCCCUACAAGGCCAUCGGGACCCGCUCCCUCCGUGUGCUCGUGGGCAUGACCGUGGGAGGAAGCUGCAUGUAUCGCGUCGACACCCUCAUCAAGCGAUGGGGCACGGAGCACUUUCACUACAUGCUUUUUCACUUUGACAAGGCUGAUUGGGGGGAUCUAGCCUACAACAAUCGCCCCACCAACGCCGUCAAGCAUUAUCGCUACCAGUUUGGGCUCAAGAUGACGCACUACAAGCGGCACAUCACUCCCAAAGUCAUGCAGGACUACGACUACUUUUUCUUGAUUGACUGCGACACCGAUCUGGAACACUUUGACGUCGACGCCUAUCUCAAGAUCGUGAACCGCUUCAACAUACCCAUCUCACAGCCGGCCGUCGCGCGGUCCAGCUUGUUGCGCCGUUCCAGUGACCAUCGCACGUGUCGACAUGUGCCUGGCCCACACUUUGGUCGUUGGACUUCCUUUGUCGAGAACGGGCCCGUCGCCGUGUUUUCUCGCACUGCCUGGGACUGCGUCUAUGAUCUGGUUCAAGGAGACCUGGGUUCGGGGUGGGGCAUCGAUUACAAGUGGUGCGCGUAUGCGGCUGAUCGGUGUCGUUUGGGGUACCGGGAGCGGCAUGAACGGGCCGGCGGCAACUGGGGUCGCGUCUGCGCAGUUAUUGAUGCACAACAGGUGUACCACCUUGACGAGCGCAGUGCCUCGGAACUGUUUGGAGCGCGCUACCAACCGCGGCAGGAUGCUUAUGAGUUCGAGCGGCGCUUUCCCAUGAUCCAAUCUACACGCAACGCCAAUUGCAUGUGCGCAUGCGACGAUCGAGAUACCGUCAUGACGGCGUUGCGGACCGUACUUCUGCAGGUAGGCCUUGCUUAA